AUGCUAAGUAACUCAGAAGAGAUAGAGUUCAAAACUAGAAAUCCUUAAAUGAGUUUUUCUAUAAAAAACACUGCCUAAAUUCAAGAAUUAGAAAGUUAAAGUUAAGAUCUCUUGGGAGGUUAUAGCAAUCUUGAUAUGCUUGAAGAAAAAGUAAUAAAUAGACAAAAAGUAAUGGAAGGAAGUAUCUUAAAAAUCUAAAAUAGUGAGGAGAUUGUUCAAGUAUAAUCUACAUAUAUUCAUUAAGAGAUACAACCAAAGCAAUCAAGUGAGAUAUUCUCAAUAUUCUAAUUUAUUGCACCCUAGCUGGGAAUAGGGAUCCUAACUCUACCAUAUGUAAUACUUGAAAACGGAUUAAUUUUUGGAUCAAUGUUGUUUAUUGCAGUGGAAGUGAUGAAUUACUAAACUUGCUUAUACAUUCAAAAGGAGGAAAUACCAAUAAUAUUAAUUGAAAACUUCUUUGGCGAAAAUGUUCCUUCCUUUUUAGAUAGUAGUAAAAUUGGACAGAUAUUUUGGGGAACGUUUUCUUUAAAUGGUGCAAUCAAUUCAUUUCCCAUGAUUUUUUUCUUACUCGGCAAUUAACCUAGUAUCCCUAUGAUAUAUAGUGAGAUGAGAGGUAAAAGCAUCAAGAAAAUGAAGAGAAUUAUGAUUUUUGGAACUAUACUAUCAACAUCGUUGUUUUUACCGGUUGGAAUAUUUGGUUAUUUGAUUUUUAUUGAUGAUGAAACUGCAAUUAGAAGGCAAAAUAUCCUACUUGCUGACUUCGGAAAUAGAAAAUCAAUAUUCUUGCGAUCAGCCCCUUAAGAAUUCUACCAUAAAAGCAAACUAUUGAAUAAAUGGUGA